CUGUGGCUGCGGAAGGAUGCGGAUAAAGAUAAAACAAGCUGGUCGCUAAACAAAAAAGAACAAGGAAAGUGUUUUCAGCUGAACAUUACCGAAAGGAUUUUACGCAUUUCUCCGGAGUAGAAACGGGUCUUAAAUCAUAGAACAUCAUGGAGACUGCUGUGCUGAGCCUCCAGAGUUUAUAUGAUAAGCUGAGGACGCAAAUUGACGUCCUCAACGAGAACAUUGAACCCAAUUUCAUUCAGAUGGCACAAAACUUUGAUAAUUGCCGUCGCAAAUGGCUGAGGGCAGAGCAGGACCUAGGGUCUUGUAAAGAGAUUCUCACCAAAACUGAGACAGAGAGGGGAGCCUUGGAGGUCAAACUGAAACAUGCCCGCAACCAAGUAGAUGUGGAGAUCCGGCGCAGACAAAAGGCUGAGGCUGACUGCGAGAAGUUGGAUCGUCAAAUUCAGUUGAUUCGGGACCUCCUGACCAGUGAAGGAUCCACCAACAGCAUCCAGCUGAGUGCAGAGCAGCGCUCAGCUCUGGCAUUCCUGAACACAAACUGUCAGGCAGCAGCCAACCUGAAUACUAGCCGGAGACUGAUGACGAUAGAUGAGUCCGCCUCUAUCUUGUCAGACAUCAGCUAUGACAAAACGGAUGACUCUCUUGAUUGGGACUCCUCCACUGUGAGGACGGUGCGACUUAAGAAACGAGAAAAAAGGCGCUCUUCUAGAAAUCAUGUGGAUGGUCCUCCAGUUGCCUCCAAAAGGUCCCGAUCAACAGGCAGAACUUCAGAGAGGGGAAAUGAGACCCUGGUGACAAAGACCACAGUGACUGUCCCUGCAAAUGGAGGACCUGUUGAGGCAGUUUCUACCAUCGAGACGGUUCCUUACUGGACUCGCAGCAGGAGAAGGACUGCUGCCAUGGAGUGGGACUCUGAAUCUGUCAAGUCUGAAGAUGUCUUCAAGCAGCCUGCCAACCCUGAGGGAGAGAUAAGAGCCCAGCCGAGCACUCCGCAGAGCAAUGGAGGUGUCCGUCUUCACGAGUUUGUCUCCAAAACGGUCAUUAAGCCUGAAUCCUGUGUGCCCUGUGGGAAGAGGAUCAAGUUUGGCAAGAUUUCACUCAAGUGCCGUGACUGCAGGGUGGUGUCGCACCCCGAGUGUCGUGAGCGUUGCCCUCUGCCAUGCAUCCCCAAUCUGGGUGCCACACCGGUCAAAAUCGGGGAGGGCGUGCUUGCAGACUAUGUCCCCGACAUGUCACCCAUGAUUCCUCCUCUCGUGGUCCACUGCAUUAGUGAGAUAGAGCAAAGAGGCCUGCAUGAGGCUGGACUUUACCGUCUGUCCGGUGCAGAUCGCACAGUGAAGGAUCUGAAGGAGAAGUUCCUCCGCAGCAAAACCGUUCCCGUGCUGAGCAAGGUGGACGAUAUCCACGCCAUCACUGGCCUCCUCAAGGACUUCCUGAGGAACCUCAAGGAGCCUCUUCUCACCUUCCGCCUGAACCGUCCCUUCAUGGACGCAGCCGAGGUUUCAGAUGAUGACAACAGCAUAGCUCUGAUGUACCAAACCAUUGGUGACCUGCCACAGCCCAACAGAGACACACUGGCUUUCUUAGUUCUUCACCUUCAGAGAGUUGCUGACAGUUUGGACACAAAGAUGGACAUCCAUAACCUGGCUAGAGUUUUUGGCCCAACUAUUGUGGGUCAUGCAGUUCCCAACCCAGACCCUAUGACAAUCCUACAGGACACCAAACGACAGCCUAAGGUUGUGGAGCGUCUCUUGGCUCUGCCCGUGGGUUACUGGGGCCAGUUUGUGAUGGCAGAAAAUGAGCAGCCAAACUUGGACCAUCUGAUCAUCGAGAACGCAAACUGCUAUGCCACCCCUGAGAGAGCGAGCAUUCUGGGACCUCUGACUACUCCAGAGCACCAUCUCAAUAAAACCCCCUCCUCCAGCUCUUUGUCUCAGCGCAUGAAGUCCACGCUGACACCCAGAUUUGGGAGCAAGAGCAAAUCAGCAGUCGGAUUCUCUCGCCAAGGAAAAUUCUUUGCAUCUCCGCUCCUCAAAUAAUCCAAAGAUACACGCAACUUUUAUUCAUACUGCAAUAACACAUAACAAGGUACUGCCUUAAUAACAGCUAUAAACGCCUCCAUCUUAGUCUUCCUCUGUAUACUUAUAAUCGUUUAA